GAAAUUUUGAUUAGGAUCUGUGUUAAGCGCAAAUAAAAUUCUAGUUAAAAGUUAGAGCGCGCGUUCCAAUCCCCCCCAACAACGUAAUUCCACUCACACACAUACCAACAGCAGCAGCAGAGGCAGCCGCAGCGGAUUAACAUUUACUUACUCUUUCCAACAACAACACCAAAAAAACAAUAAAAAUGGCCGAUCAGCUGACAGAGGAACAAAUCGCCGAGUUCAAAGAGGCAUUCUCGCUAUUCGACAAAGACGGCGAUGGCACCAUCACAACAAAGGAAUUGGGAACAGUCAUGCGCUCCCUGGGACAGAAUCCCACAGAGGCCGAGCUGCAGGACAUGAUAAACGAGGUCGAUGCCGAUGGCAACGGAACCAUUGAUUUCCCAGAAUUCCUUACCAUGAUGGCACGCAAAAUGAAGGACACCGAUAGCGAAGAGGAGAUCCGAGAAGCCUUCAGAGUGUUCGACAAGGACGGCAACGGCUUCAUCUCAGCGGCCGAGCUGCGUCACGUGAUGACAAAUUUGGGCGAGAAGUUAACAGACGAGGAGGUCGAUGAGAUGAUCCGCGAGGCUGAUAUCGAUGGUGAUGGUCAGGUCAAUUACGAAGAGUUCGUGACCAUGAUGACAUCGAAGUGAAGCGUUAAAUUAUUUCUUUUUAAGCCUUUCUAUUUGUUUAAGAUGUUGACGAAGACUGUAGCUGUGCGCAAUAACAUCGCGCCACGCUGUUGCUAUGGACCCCAGUAAAAGAUCUUAAAAACAAAACAUAAAACAAAACAACAAAGAGUUAAGCAAAAAACAACAACAACAAAAAGCAACAUGAAGAGGAGGAAGAAGCAAAAAAACAUUUAAGAAACUUUAAUACAAAUGAAACCUACACUUAAAGAAACGCAAACGCAAAAGCAAAAGCAAAAGUAAAAGCAAAUGCAAA